AUUUGGCAUUUCGCACCCUCCCUCCCUCCGUUACUCUCCCACCCUCCAUUACUCUCCCACCCCUUUCUCUCUCCUCUUUUUCUCUCUCCUAUUUUCUUUCACGAGGAGAACUCUUAUGCAUUCCAAGAAUUAGAAUCCAUUAACUCUUCAUUAUUAUUCUGUAAUUCCAAGAAUCUUUUUUCUUUAUAUUCCAAUCAAUUUUCUUCUAAAGUUUCAAUCUUUCUUGUUUCACUCCAAUGGAGAAAUAGAAUCCAUUUUUGUUCCUUAUUUCCUGACCUCUCUCUCUUUUUUUCUUUUUUUCUUUUUUUUUUAAAAUUUCUUCUGCUAUUUUUUUUUCCUAUUUUUGGGUGGUGGGUAGGAGUUAAUUUUUAAAGAUUUGAUCUUUAAUAUAUCAUUUUCUCAUUGGUACUGACAUUUUUUAUUUUUUAUUUUUUAAUUUUAUUUUAUGUUAUGAUUAGAUCCCUGUUCAGAUGAAAGGUUAAUAAAUGUUGGUUUGGUGACUUACUACCUAUCUUGUUAUUGAUUGUAAACUGAAAUGGAUUCAUCUUUUGAGGGGGCUGUGCUUGAUCCGGUUAAAUGCAGUAAGUUGAGUGUGGAGGAGAGGAGAGAAAUUGUGUAUGAACUAGCAAAAUGGGCACAUGGUGCUCCUGAAAUGCUACAAACUUGGAGCCGUCAAGACAUAUUGCAAAUUUUGUGCUCGGAGAUGGGGAAGGAGCGAAAAUAUACUGGUUUAACUAAGUUGAAGAUCAUUGAGCAUCUUUUGAAAGUAGUUUCCGAAAAGAUUUCUGUAAACGACGUUAAUGGAUUACCUAUUGAACAGUCAUCAUCACCUUUAGUUGCUCAAAAAGUUCUGAAGAAGCCUAGGAAACCUGAUAAUCCUUCUCAUAUUGUCUCGGCUAUCACUAUCUCAAUGUGUAGCAAGGAAAGUGAUAUAGAUACCGCCAUUUAUUGUAAGAAUUCUGCUUGCAAGGCUAGAUUGAGUACGGAGGAUAAGUUUUGCAAGAGGUGUACAUGCUGUAUCUGUCAUAAAUACGAUGAUAACAAGGAUCCUAGCUUGUGGCUGACUUGUUGCUCAGAGCCGCCCUUCUUAGGAGAUUCGUGUAAUAUGUCAUGUCAUUUGGAAUGUGCUAUUAAGCAUGAAAGGUCCGGCAUCGCUAGAAAUGGGCUUGUCUCACAAUUGGAUGGGAGUUUCUAUUGCACUUCUUGUGGGAAGAUGAAUGAUUUGAUGAGCUGUUGGAGAAAACAGCUUUUAAUUGCAAAGGACACCAGACGGGUAGACAUCCUAUGUUAUCGUAUAUCGCUUUGCCAGAAGCUACUGGCUGGAACGAAGAAAUACCAGAAGCCCUGUGAUAUGGUUGAUGAUGCCAUUAAAUUACUCGAGGCAGAAGUAGGUAACUUAACCGGUGUUCCCGUCAAGAUGGGUAGAGGCAUUGUUAAUAGGCUAUCAUCGGGUCAAGAAGUCCAGAGAUUUUGUGCUUCUGCUGUGGUGCUGUUUGAGUCGAUGUAUUAUCAAACACCAUUGCUCCAAGAUUCUAGAACAAUAACUCCUAGUCUAAUCAGAGUUGAAGCUAUUAAUGCAACAUCAGUUACUGUGAUCUUGGGUCCUGAUAAUUCUCUACAAGAAACGAAUGUGGGUUACACAUUGUGGCAUCGUAAGGCUAACGACAAUCAAGGUCAAGGACUAGAACAGCCAACCUGUACUUUAUUUCCUCCACAAACAAGGUUCAUUGUGUCCUGUCUUUCCCCUGCGACAGAAUACAUCUUCAAAGUUGUCUCCUUUGACAGCUCCAAAGAGUUGAGCUCAUCGGAAGUUCGACUAACUACCAGUAUUUCUAAUGAUAGUAUGAAUUGUUCGACGUUGGAGAGAGUUCAAAGCCCAGCAACCAACUGCAGCACUCUUUCUAAUCCAUCUUCUGUCGAAGACGAAACAAAUAAUAUUGCGCCCUGCAGCGACUUAAAUGAGAAUAAAGCCCUUUUUUUCAAUUGCAGUAACGAUCAAAACCCUUCUGAUGAGGAGAAUGCGACUCGAAAAUUUACCUCUUCUGAACAAUCUGGUGUUAUGAAAGUUGACGUCAAGCACUCUUUGGAUGGUCAAUCGAGUGAAGCAAUGAGCACCGACAAUGAAUUAAAUGACCGACCUUUGAAGAGAAAUACACCUUGUGUGGGGACAGAAGCUAGUCUACCGAUAACGCCUAGCAAACAAGAAAGCUCAAAAGAAGGAACCACAAAAAAGGCCCCCCCAAAGAUCCAUGGCAAGGCUCGAAAUGGUGGGUUGGAGAAGGACGAGCCAAACGGCAGACGUUUAUCGAAGAAAAGAAUUAUCGAGAGAGGAAAUGAAGAAUGUGGUGGCGACUGUCCUUCGGACAGCGACUUAGAGUACUACGUCAAGGUGAUUCGCUGGCUAGAAUGCGGUGGUCAUAUCGAGAAAAGUUUUAGGCAGAAGUUUUUGACUUGGUACAGCAUUAGGGCAACCCCACAAGAAACUAGGAUUGUCAAGACUUUCGUCGAUACUUUCAUUGACGAUCCUGCAUCCCUCUCCGAGCAGCUUCAAGAUACAUUUGAAGAGAUCAUCUCGAGCAAGAGGUUGUCGGCUGUUCCUCCAGGCUUCUGCUUAAAGCUUUGGCAUUAACCCGGAAAGCAAUAGGUGAUUGUUGUGGAGGAAAGGCUUCAGCUUUAGGGUUACCUAUUUUUUCGACCUUGAGCCCCAAUGGAAGGUCUCGGUCAUUCUAAUUCUUUUCGACCUUUAGGAGCAUGUUAGUAUUCUGAAUUUCUUUAUUCCCUCUUAUUAUCGUCCUUAUUAACAAGCAUUCUUCCAAUGAUAACUGUUAACAAUAUUUGUCUCUCGUUUAUGAAUAUCGUCAAUUUAUUUCCUUCGUAUGAAA